GGACUGCGGUGUGCAUUUAUGUGGAGGAGAAAAUCUGGGGAACUGGCACAGGGCUGCUUCCCCAUGGAUCUGCCUUACUACCAUGGGCCUCUGUCCAAGAAGGAUUGUGAGGCCCUGCUGCUCCAGGAUGGGGCAGAUGGCAACUUUCUGCUGCGAGAUAGUGAGUCUCUGCCGGGAGUCCUGUGUCUCUGCGUCUCGUUCAACAGGUUUGUCUACACCUACCGAAUCUUCAAGGAGAAACCUGAGCAGUACAGCAUACAGACAACUGAAGGUUCCAGAAAGCAGAUUUUUCCCAGCCUCAAGGAACUGGUAUCCAGAUUUAAGAAACCCCAACAGGGACUGGUGUGUCACCUUCUCAAGCCCUUUGAGAGGACCAGUCCCUGCCUGCGGUGGAGACGGUCCAAGCUGGAGCUGGAUGGUGUGUAUGAGAACAGCAGUAGUGAUGACUACGGUGACGGCAGCAGCGACUAUGUGGAGGUUUUGCCAUGAAGCUGAGCAGAGCAGAUCUGGGGCGUCAGCUGCUACAGUCUGAAACAACGAACUCUAGAGGACAUUCAGGCUCUGCUGGCCUGGGUGGUGACUGAUGGCCUGCCCAACCUGAGAGAAGCCACUUCAUGUCCCCACCUUCUACAGGCAGCCCAAGACCUGUUCCUGACUUGCUCCUCUUUCCUGGAAUGAGACAACGGGGUCUGUGAGAGGUCUCCUUCACACCAGACACACAGACCAGCUUCAGGAGGCACUCUGGGCAAAGCCCCUCAGUACUCUUGUUCUCCAAUUCUUCAUCUCUGAAUGAGGGGUUUGGGGGGACUAGGGGAGGAUCACCCAGUCACUCUGCUGAGUCCGCCUAUGUCAGGUGAGGCCGGGGGUUCUUGAACAAAGGGGGUAGAGAAUCAGAGUCCCCCACCCCCCACCCCCAAGAAUCGGCAUAUUCUCUGCCCCUGCCCCUGCCUGUAUUUGCAUUGUUCUUGGGUUUGAUGGGGACUCUGCUUCCUCCCCUUUUGCCACCUCCCCCCACUUGGUGUCUUCUAGAACUUUUUAAUUAGUGAUUUACAAAAUAACAAAACGGGGGGUCCAAUUCCACUCUCUUCCCACCACCAGAGUUCUAUAUCCCCAUUCCCUUCAUUGGAAACUGCAGUGGUUCUCCCAAGAUCACAGAGAUGGGUUGACUAUUUAUGUCUAUAUUUACCCAUUUUUUUCUAGGAUCCUGUCUUUUCUUUUUUGCCAGAUUCCAUGGGUGCCCCAAUCCCUUUGGCAACAAGGGACAUUGUACCAG